AUGUCUGGGUUGCUUCAGUGUGACACUUGGCCUCAUGGAAAGCGUGUUUCCAUCCGCGUCCCUCUCCUAACGCAAGUCUCAGAGAGAAGCUGUGAAGCUCUGUCCUCAGUCCUCAGCUCUGUGUCCUCUCGUCUGAGACACGUGGACCUGAGUAACAACGACCUGCAGGAUUCAGGAGUGAAGCUGCUGUGUGAUGGACUGAAGAGUCCUCACUGUUCUCUGGAGACUCUCAGUCUGUCAGGUUGUCUGGUCUCAGAGGAAGGAUGUUCUUCUCUGACCUCAGCUCUGAACUCCAACCCCUCCCAUCUGAGAGAACUGGACCUGAGCUUCAAUCAUCCAGGAGACUCAGGAGAGAAGCUAAUGUCUGCUGAACUGAAGAGUCCUCACUGGAGACUGGACACUCUCAGGAUGGACCAUGCUGGAGAGCAGAGGUUAAAACCUGGUGUCAGGAAGUAUUCAUGUGAACUGGAACUGGACACAAACACAAUGAACAGAGAACUCAAACUGUCUCACGACAACAGGAAAGUGACCCGUGUGACAGAAGAUCAGUCGUAUCCUGAUCAUCCAGACAGAUUCUUUUUUUCUUUUCCAGACAAGUUCUUUCCUCAGCUGCUGUGUAGACCUGGUCUGACUGGUCGCUGUUACUGGGAGGUCGAGUGGAGAGGAAGAGUUUAUAUAUCACUGAGUUACAGAGGAAUCAAGAGGAAAGGCAUCGGUUCUGACUGUUUGUUUGGACAUAAUGAUCAGUCCUGGAGUCUGUUCUGCUCUGAUGAUCAUAGUUACUCUGUCCGUCACUGUGGGACACAAAGUCCCAUCAUGUCCUCUGUCUCUCACAGAGUAUCAGUGUAUGUGGACUGUCCUGCUGGGAUUCUGUCCUUCUACAGCGUCUCCUCUGACUCACUGAUCCACCUCCACACAUUCAGGACCACAUUCACUGAACCGGUUUAUCCUGGGUUCCUGGUCUGGCCUGGUUCCUCAGUGUCUCUGUGUCCUCUGUAGGACAUGAAGAGACAGCAGCUUCAGUGGUGGACGAGGUCAAAGCUCAAAUAAUAUAAAAUAAAAUUCAAGGUUUUUAAUCAAAUAGAAAACAAAGUAAAUAAAGAUGGUAAGAGUUUGACUCUUUUUCUGAAGAACAUCAUCUUCUCAUGGAGCCUUUCUGUCCCAGCAUGCACUGCUUCUCCUCCUCCUCCUCUUCAUGCUGCCUGACAACAGCGCCCCCUGCUGCAUGUGAGCAGAACAACACUCAGAGUUACGCACACACACACACACACAUGGAAAAUGAAACACACAUGAGCAGAUUAUGCCAUGAAUGAGGAAGUGUGGUUUCUGCUGUGAUGCAGGUGAAACUGAGUGUGCGUGACCUCAGGAUGACCUCUGUCCUCCUGCUACUCUGUGAACGACAGCGAAGAACGUGUCCACAGUGACAGGAAACUCAUGACACUCAGAGGGUUUUUGCACUUUCCAAACAUCAUCAGUGUCUGUGGUUUCUGUGUCUGUGGCUUAAUGAAGAAUGACAUUUUCAACAUCAAUAAAAACCACAUCAUAUCA